AUGCCAAUCACAGACGAUUCUGUCAGUUUCGAAUCGACUUCAUCUCUUGAGCAAGUUGAUGCAGAAAAAGGGCCUGUUGUCAGCCCAGCAAGAGACGCUAUCAUCUGGAAAGAAAUGUUGUGGCACAAACAAGAAGCGGGCCGAGGCGCAAAUGGCAUUAUUUACAGAGUGUUUUAUCGCGGCAGGGAGAUUGCUCUAAAAUAUCAUCCAACGGGCGACAUUCUACGAACAGAGUAUCUUAAACAUGAAGUGAGCGUAUACCAAAAACUUCAGAAUCUACAAGGCGUAUAUAUUCCUUCACUCGUUCAUCACGGACUUUCACUGGACGGAGAAAUGUAUGUUGUGUGUACCAAUUACAUCAAGCGUGCAUCUUCCCUUCAACGUCGGCACGAAGAGGAUGCGAUACGAGCUGUCCGUGCCAUUCACCGUCUUGGGGUGCUCCACAACGAUAUUCGCCCAGACAACAUAAUUGUUGGCGUAGAUGAAUUCAACCCAACAGGAGAACGUAUUUUUGUUAUUGAUUUUCAUCUUUCGAUAAUCGAUGAUGGUAAGCAACCUAUACAUGCGUCAAUAUACAAUGAGGAGCUUUAUAAAGUGAGGCGACUAUUUCGAAGCCUUGCAUAUUGA